UGGACAGAAUGUUCGCUUCGACGUCAAAAAGAAAUGCGGGCGUCUUACAAUAUCUCGUUACUUAUAGCAAAAUCCGGAAAACCGCAUACUAUCGGAGAGAAGUUAAUUUCGCCAGCCGUUGAAGAGGUUUUAAAAACUGUUUUACACAAACCUGCAUCUGAUAUCAUUAAUUCCCUUAAGCAAAAAUACUGUUGAAAGACGUAUUGAUGAAAUAAGUUCUGAUAUUGAAAGCUUCUUAUGUAAUUACGGACGAGUCAACUUUACCUGAUAAUGCAGCAUUAUUAUUGGCAUAUGUUCGUUUUAUUAUAAAUCAAGAAAUCUACGAAGAACUGCUCUUCGCAAGAACUUUGAUAACCGACACUAAAGGUGAAUCAAUAUUUCAUGUCUUGAAGGAUUACUUAGAAAAAGCAAUUCCUUUAUCAAAUAUAAUAUCAGUAGCUACAGAUGGAGCACCUGCCAUGGUUGGACACCGCACGAUCAAAUACAGGUCCGCACUGA